AUGUCUAUGAGUGAUAUUCAACAUCGUCCUCAACCAACUACAUCUGGUACUGCAGAUACUCCUGCCCCUACUGCAACAUCAACAACAACAUCUGUUUCAGCAACAUCUAAUGGUGCUCAUGUUGCAAGAUCUUCUACUCCUCCAAUUCACCCACUUAGUAAACAUGAAGUUGUUGAACAGAAACAGAAACCAACUGUCAAUCCAAUUCCUCAACCUCAACCUCAACAGUUGCCUACUCCUCCAGUAAAGAUUACUGCCAAAGAAUCACCUGCAGCACCUGCAACAUCAACUAGUAAUACUACCAGUGCAAGUGCAAGUGCAAGUGCAACUACAGCCACUUCAAAGAUAAAUAUAUCUGGACCAAUCUGUGGGAACUGUCAAACACAAACUACACCAUUAUGGAGAAGAGAUGAAACUGGUCAAGUCUUGUGUAAUGCUUGUGGAUUGUUUUUGAAAUUACAUGGUCGCCCAAGACCAAUCAGCUUGAAAACUGAUACUAUCAAAUCUAGAAAUAGAGUAAAACAAAAUGGAACCAACCUGUCAAGUAAAUCCUCGGGUCCUAAUACACCAGAAUUAAAGUCAAAGGAUAAGAGCAGUAAAAAAUCUCCAAAACUGAAGAAAAAAUCAAACAUGAAUGGAUCUAAUAGUAAUAAUACUAAUGCAUCUUCUUCAUCAUCAUCAUCUUCUUCUUCUUCUUCCGAUAAUAAUAAUAACAACAACAACAACAGCAACAACUCACAUAAUGUUACUACAUUGACUCCAUUAUUACCUGCCACUGCAAACAACACUCCUUCUGUGUUCAAGAAUAAUUUAGGUCAAUCAUUACAUAACCAUCAUCAUUUGCCUAAUCAUGUAUUACAAACACAUCAAGUUCCAUUACAUUAUCCUUCUUCUACUCCAACUCAAUUUGCUCCUGGUUUACAAAGAAUCACUUCUCCAUUGUUGUUGUCUACAUCUUCAGCAGUUAGAAAUGAGCCAAGUGAUCGUAAAUUGACUCCAAUGCAAGCAGCUGCUGGAGCAUUAGAAAACAUGUCUAAUGAAUUGGGUCCAAGUGCAACUUUUAAGAAAGGUACUAAUGUCAAUGGAGUUUCUUUGAUGAAUUCUGGAAAGAAAGAUGUCAAUUCAAGUAAUGGAUCUUCUUCUAUCUUCUCAAGUGUUGCUCCUCCAACUGUACGAAAAUUGCCACCUAUUGGAUCAACGAUUGGUUCUCCUUCAUCCUCAAGUUCAAUUGUUUCUCAACCAUAUAGUAGAUCUUCGACUCCUUUGCAAUCAUUACCUCCAUUACACAAGAUGGCCUCGGCUGAUUCUUCAUUACCUUCUAUUCAAAACAUUUCAAGUUUUUCACAAGGUGGUUCUAACAAUGAUAGUAAUAAUCAACCACUUGACAAAUCAUCAAAUGAAUCAAAUAAAGAUGGAAGUAACGCCAGUAACAAUAAUAGCAGUAAUAAUAAUAAUAACAACAACAACAACAACAACAACAAUUCAACAAAUUUCAAUGUUAAUGCUCAUGAAGUUACUUUAUUAAAGACAAGAAUAUCCGAAUUAGAAUUGGUUAAUGAUUUGUACAGAACUAGAAUCAUGGAAUUGGAAGCUAUGGAACAAGCAGCUAGAUUAAGAGAAAAUUCAAUGAAGAAACGAUUAGAAGAAGUUAUGUCAUUACAAUCAAGUUAUCAACAAAUUACAAAUGGUCUAAGUUCAUCUCAUUUGCAACAACAACAGCAACAACAACAGCAACAACAACAGCAACAACAACAAUCAAUGCAACCACUUUCUACAUCAGUACAUCCUCCUCCUCAACAACAACAAUAUCAAGCACCUCAACCUCCUUCUCAACAACAAAGUAGUUCAAAUCCAAUACAGGAAAAUAAUUCUGUUAAACUAGAACAACAACAAAGUACUGUAUUACCACCAAUUCAAACUAAUGAAUCAGUUGUAUUACCACCUUUAAAACGAGAUCAUGAUGAAGAAAUUAAUGAUAACAAUAAAAAACAAAAAUUAACUUAA